UUCUUAAUGAGUUUUUCCGUUUCUACUCGUAUUACUGUUAUUGGGUCAACUUCAAAUUGUAAUUGUUUCACUCUCUAAUUCUUAAAACAAUUAAAAAAAUUAUGAUUAUUUUUCUUCUAAAGAACAUUGUCUUAGUUUUGUUUAGCAACAACUUGAAUCCCCACUUACAUGCACAUGUGGUAUAUUAAAAUAUAAUGCCAUGAUUCCACAAACUCCGAUACCGUAGGUGGCAGUAUGCAACUACAGUUUGUUAGCGAUCCGCCAUUAAACCGACACAAGAAGAAAACUAGGGAGAAGAAGAAUAACAACAUCGAGGCGAGGAAGAAUAAACAAAUAAUAACUGGGGUCUUGCUUAUUACACGUACGAUUCAAAAUGUCCGAUUCCAAUACAUCCGCAAAUGACACGGUUGAGCGCGCUUGUGGAGAUGGAGAGAGUGAAUCAAAGAAGCAGGGGCUUAAACCUGUAACGAUACCGGAGGUCAACACGACUCCCUCCUCCAGGUUUCUGCAGGUUGAACUGGAGCUGAACGCCCACCUCCGUCGGCUCGUCUUCAGCGAGCCUGUCCGGUACAUUUACAACCCGCUGGAGUACGCGUGGGACACCCACCGCUGCUACGUGGAGAAGUACUGUCAGGGCGGUCAAAGGAUCCUGUUUCUAGGGAUGAAUCCAGGACCUUUCGGCAUGGCACAGACUGGGGUCCCCUUUGGUGAAGUAAGAUCAGUUGUUGAUUGGCUGAAGAUCACAGGGGAGGUCGGUCAUCCUCAUGAUGAGCAUCCAAAGCGGCGAAUCACAGGACUUGCCUGCACUCAGAAUGAAGUGAGUGGAGCACGUUUCUGGGGCUUCUUCAGGAAGUUGUGUGGUGAACCAGGAUUGUUCUUCAAGCACUGCUUUGUGCACAAUCUAUGCCCGCUCAUUUUCAUCGGUGCCAGUGGGAAGAAUUUAACCCCCCCUGAGCUGCCUGCAGGUGAACGGGAGGCCCUCCUGGCCCUGUGUGACAUUGCACUGUGCCAGGCGGUGGAGGCACUGGGCAUCUCCAUGGUGAUCGGGGUUGGAAGGGUAGCAGAGCAGCGGGCGCGGCGAGCUCUUUCAGCCGCAGGUGUCAACGUGCAGGUUGAGGGCAUCAUGCAUCCGUCACCCAGGAACCCACUAGCCAAUAAGGGCUGGGAGGAAGUUGCCAAAGUCAAGUUGGCAGAACUUGGUGUCUUGUCGUUGCUGAGCAACAUGUGAGCUAGUCAACCUUCUCUGAUGCGUGCCUUAUCAAUAGCAGCAUGGAGUGCGUUCCCUCUGACAAUGGAUCAUGAUAUGAGGAGUUUGAGUAAAAGACUCAGUACAGUGAUUUAAUUACACAUUUACUGCUAAAAAAGUACAGACUGGCAUUUCUCCUCUCAGCUCAGUCUGUGUCUGGGCAGCUCUAAGAAGUGCUCGUAACAGACUAAGUCAUUCCACGUCUGCCAUCACUACUGCUGUAAACACAUUUGUUGAGCAACAUUUUCUUCCUCUUUAAAGACCUGUCAGUUCUUUUUGAGAUGUCUUUUCUUAAUGUGUUAGUGCAUGCCAAGUACGGCACUAGGCUGCCUAAAAAUGAAUUUUAGUAGUAUAAGGUGCUCUGGGUAUAUUAUCAAGUUUAUAGUCAAAGUGUAAGCUCAGUGUGUUGGUGAUUUCCUGCGGAGUGAUUGCGUUUAUUAAACUUCUUAAGACUAUAGUUUGGGGGGAAAGCCCUAUACCAAACUAAACAAUGUUCAUAACCUUUCUUCAUAAGGUUCUGUUUCCAAAAAAGGAUAGAUAAAGAUGCAGUUUUCAGGAAGAAAAACAUUGGUGACAUUACAGAGACAUCUAUUAUAUUAUUAUAUAUGUAUUGUUAAUGCUGGACCUUUUUACAAGACUCUUUUGUAUUAAAGAAAAAAAGUAUUUUGAAUUGUCA